AGUUGGAGAGAAGCAGGGAACCGGUUGAGUUUACACCUUGAGGCGUACCUGGCGCUACCUUCUCCUCUCUGAAGCCAAGUGUGAAUCUCGUGGAGGCCAAAACCAUGAAGGAGAGACGGGCCCCCCAGCCAGUCGUGGCCAGAUGUAAACUUGUUCUGGUUGGCGAUGUACAGUGUGGGAAAACAGCAAUGUUACAAGUGUUAGCGAAGGACUGCUAUCCAGAGACAUAUGUGCCCACCGUGUUUGAGAAUUACACAGCCUGCUUGGAGACAGAAGAACAGAGAGUGGAGCUCAGCCUCUGGGACACUUCAGGAUCUCCCUAUUAUGAUAAUGUCCGCCCACUCUGCUACAGUGACUCUGAUGCAGUAUUAUUAUGCUUUGAUAUCAGCCGUCCUGAGACAGUGGACAGUGCACUCAAGAAGUGGAAGACGGAAAUCCUAGAUUAUUGUCCCAGUACCCGUGUGUUGCUUAUUGGCUGCAAGACAGACCUACGAACAGACCUGAGCACUCUGAUGGAGUUGUCCCACCAGAAGCAGGCACCCAUCUCCUAUGAGCAGGGCUGUGCAAUAGCCAAGCAGCUGGGUGCAGAAAUCUAUCUGGAAGGCUCAGCUUUUACCUCAGAAAAGAGUGUCCACAGCAUUUUUCGGACGGCAUCCAUGGUGUGUCUGAACAAAGCCAGCCCAGUUCCCCCGAAGAGCCCUGUCCGAAGCCUCUCCAAACGACUGCUACACCUCCCCAGUCGCUCUGAACUCAUCUCUUCCACCUUCAAAAAGGAAAAGGCCAAAAGCUGUUCCAUUAUGUGACGUGGGGAUUGGAGAGGGGAGACAACCUCCCACUUCCUCCCUUGGGGAGUAGAGGCACAGGGAGAGAGGGAGGAUGAGACACUUUAGGACAUUGGACAUGAGUUUUUCAGAUGGCCACGGUGAGGGCUUGGAAGGAGACAGGAAUGAGACAAGGAAGGAACCAGGCCUGGCAUGAGGACCUGACACAGAGAGAACCAUCACACCCCAAGCCAGGCACUAGGUAGUGGAGGGGGCAGCAGCCCUGGUGUCCCCCACUCCAAAAGAAGGAAAGAUGUGGGGGAAUGGGGGCAUGUUGGUCUACUGGACUUUGGGGCGUACAGGAGCCUCACUUUCAGCAUCAUGCCUCUUCCACACAGUGUUGCCAUGCAGCCAGGGGAUGGAAGGGGUCGCUAAGCCCUUUCCUUCCCCUCUGAGAAGGUGACAGGGGAGUGGAGAGCAGGGAAGCCAAGAAGCAGCUCCUUUGGGAGCUUAGCUCAGGUGCUUCAUAACAAAUCAGAAGGGCAGGAGCUGGUCAGAGCCAAUGAGAAGGAAGCCUCACCUUUGCAUAGCCCAAGCCUCAUGGAGAGGUGGCAUCAUACAUUCACAUGCUUCUCACCUAAGUCCCCAGGGUCCAAGGGAGAAGCCCCCAGAACCCCUUCUCUUGAGUGUAGGGGUGGUGGUGCUGCAGGGGCAGAGCUGGGUGGGGGUCACCAGACUUUUUUCUGCCCCUUGGGCAGUACAGUUGGCAUUUGUUUUAUAGACUCUUGCCUUGGAAUGGGGGGUGGGGGGAGUGUUUCAAUCCAUUGUAAGUUCUGUGUUUAAAGAAGAAAACUUAUUUAUUAAUGAAAAAUAUAAUACAUAUAAAGAA